AUGGAUAUGGGCAGGAAUAAAAUGCAUAUUCACAAUCAAUGCGAAAUUCUCCACAUUAUGGUUUCUAUAAACUUACGACCAAAAGAUGAGUUAAGUAAUAUAAACUAUGAUUUAUUGGCGAAGAAGUACCAGAUGUAUAAAUACUACCCUAAAUACUUUCACAAUGAGGAACUCAAAACUCCCGAUAUCAAAGAAAUGAUAAUAGAUAAACCGAUUUACUCUUCUGCCAAUGAACAUUUAGAUGAUUAUGUCAAUCCAGGGGUCAUGAAAAUAUAUGAAACAGAAUUAGAUUUAGACAGUGGGAAGUUAACUAUUACAAAGGAAAGGAAAGAGAAGAGAAAGGAGAAAAGAGAAGAGAAGAUAGCAGAAAGGGCAGAAAGAAGAGAAGAAAGAGAAGAGAAACGAAAAGAAAAACGGGAAGAGAGAAAAGAAAGACGAGAGAGCCGUAGCGAAAAAGGAAACAAAGACGAAAGAAAACUUGAAAGGAAAAGAGAAAGACAGGAGAAUAAAUGUAAGCUAGUAGAGAGAAGAAAAUUGAUCGAAAGCAAGGAGAAACCAGGAGUUGUUUUUAAAAACCCAUUUGGUAAUGAGCCACUACAUAAGUUGUCCACCACAUAUUCAAAUGAAACCAACAUAACUAACUUUACUAACUACACCCAAAUAAGUAUGGGAAGCAAUGAAAGGAAAAAUAGCAUUACGUCAAGAUUGGUAAAUCUUCUAUCUAAUACAAGCGACGAUUACGAUUUAGAGAGAACAAAUAGUUUUGAUCAAACUAAGAGUAACAUGACCAAGGGAAGAAAAAGACUCUUUAGUAAAAAGAGAUACAGUGAUCAAAUAGGUACGUAUUUACUAACCAAAUUAGCAGUCUGA